CCACAGCCCCUGGCGGGAGAGGCCGUUUCCUGGAAGGGGUAGGCCAGACCAUGGCCUUGCAGAGUCCUCGACCCACCCUGAGGUCCUUCGGAACCCCCACCUGGGGCGGCCUCCUGCUUCUGGUUUUCAGCCUCGGGUGGACACUACCUUCCAUGGCGAAGACUGCAGACACAGGACGGGGUGUCACAACCUCAUGGCUGCAACGCACUUCCCAGGCUCAGCAGCCUGAGCUGAUCGUCAUCCUCCCGAGGGCUCUGCAAGGCACAGAGAAGAAGGCCUGCCCCGAAGGGAGGGAGGUCCACACGGUGGAUGAAGAACUUGUCUUCUAUGAGGAGUGGGAGCUGGAGGCCUGUGUGAGCGGGGCCCUGCUGGCUGAGCAAAUGGACCAGGUGAACGCAGUUCCCUUCACCCACGAGCAGCUUGACAUUUUAAAGCACAAACUGGACCAGCUCUACCCGCAGGGGUACCCUGAGUCCCUGAUCCAGAACCUGAGUUACUUCUUCCUCGAGGUCACCCCCGAGGACAUCCACAAAUGGAAUGUGACAUCCCUGGAGACAGUGAAAUCUCUGCUUAAAGUCAGUGAAGGGCGAAAAACGGAUCCUCAGGUGGCUGCCCUGAUUGCCCGCUAUGUGGCGGGAGGGGGCCAGCUGGACAAUGCCACCCUGGACACGCUGGCCAGCUUUCCUCCCACCUACCUCUGCUCCCUCAGUCCCGAGCAGCUGGGCUUAGUGCAUGAAGAUGUUCUUCGGGAGGUCAGGCCCCAGGACCUGGAUGCGUGCCGCCCACUGCAGAUGGACGUUCUCUAUCACAAGGCCCGCAUCGCUUUUCGGAACGUGAGCGGGUCCAUGUACUUUGCGAGAAUCAAGCUCUUCCUGGGUGGGGCCUCCACAGAGGACUUGCAAGCUCUCAUUCCGCAAAAUAUCAGCAUGGACCUGGCCACAUUCAAGAAGUUAAAGAAAGAGGCCUUGCUGCCACUGACCAUUGCCGAGGUGCGAAAACUUCUGGGUCCAAACCUGGAGGGCCUGAAGGCAGAGGAGGGAAACAGCCCCGUUCGGGACUGGAUCUCCAGACAACGGCAGAAGGACCUGGACAGCCUGGGGCUGGGGCUUCGUGGCGGCAUCCCCAACGGCUAUUUUGUCCUAAACCUCAGCUUUCGAGAGGCCCUCGAGGGGGGGUCCCACCUCCUUGGACCUGGAUCUGCGUUCAUUAUGAUCCCAGCGCUGCUCCUGGUCUUGAUCCUGAACUGAGCAGGAUGCUCCGGAUCCUGAACUGGGCCCUGCUGUGGAGACUCCCGCCUCGGGGGUGGGCCUGGGUGGUGCCUGCCCCACCCUAGGGGACAGGAGCUCAAUAAAAGAGAACAUGUUCCUCUCCAAA